AUGACAGAAGUGAAAGGAACUCCCAUCAUUAAAGGUUCACGAACAAUGCAAAUAACUGGCUUAUAUAAAGGAAGGGCAAUUAUUAUAAAAGACUCUUACAGUGUUAUAAAUAAGAAGCUUAAACUAUUUCCUGCUAUGUUUAACUUACAAACAGGACCGAAAGAAGUAUUUCCAUACAACUACUACAGCAGUGUUUUGUUAGCAAAUGACAACAGAACUGGUGUCAUUUCUGAAGCAUGUAAGUUUGUAAGAUAUGAAACGUUCAUGAAAAACAUAGAUUCCAUCAAAGGUUGCAGAAUAGAUGAGAACCACUUCGACUUAGAAAAAUAUAGCACGUUUUACUGCAAACAAGAUGUAAGAAUUUUAAGAGAAGGUUUUGUAAAGUUCCGCAAUGACAUAUUGAAAGAAUUUGAUUUAAACGUUUAUGACUACGUUAGUAUUUGUUCAAUUGCUAACAAAUUAUUUGAGAACAGAGUGUACUUCCCGAAUGGAAAUUUAUAUGACCUCUCAAAUAAACCAAGAGAAUUUAUUUCGAGAUGCAUUCAAGGUGGAAGAUGUAUGUUGUCAGAUAACAUGAAACAAAAGAGCGAAAAGAAACUCAUUGCUGACUUCGACGCUGUUUCAUUAUAUCCAUCAGCAAUUGCAAGAUUGUAUACUUUAGAAGGAAUUCCAAAAGUAUUGAAGGAUGAGAUGUUAAGCACAGAGUAUCUCAUGAGACAUUUAUUCGAUGACGACCAAAAGGAACCCAUUGGUGAAAAGUUUAUGUCUGGCUUCUUUGUUCUCAUUAAGAUAACAGAGAUUGGAAUACAUAGACACUUUCCUUUAAUAGUUUGUGACCCUGAACUAAAUCCAGAACUUAACGUUCCCAGAAGUUCAAACACUUGCUGUUUAAUGUAUGUUGACCAUAUAACAUUACAAGACCUCAUAAAAUAUCAAGGUGUCAAAUGUGAAGUGUUGCAAGGAUACUAUUACGAUGGAAACAGAGAUAUUAGAAUAAGAGAUGAAGUUAAAGAAGUUUUUGAGUUAAGGUUAAAGUAUAAGAAAGAAGGAAAUCCUUUGCAAGAAAAUAUAAAGCUCAU